GGCAGGAUUUGUUGUGAAAACCUGGCAACCCUGGAGAUAAUACUUCUAAUAAAAGGAGCGUCUUUACUGAUGAGAUGUGCAUGAAAAUCGCAUUAGAUUUAUUGCACAGCCCUAGCAUAUUGCCAUUUUAAUUGUGAUCUUGUUGAAGAUUUUAAUUUUGAGUCAGAGCACAAGGGGCAGCUGUGGCCUAAUGGUUAGAGAGCCAGAUUCAUCUUGUUCAAGUUUCGGUGCCAGCAGGAGUUGUAGGUGGGAGGGAGUUAAUGAACAGUCAGUGCUCUCUUCUACCCUCAAUAAUACCCAUGGUUGAAGUGUGGCCCUGAACCCCCUGUUGCUCCCGGGAACUGGAUCUAUAGCUGCCCACAGCUCUGGGUGUGUGUUCACUUCUCACUGCUAUGUGUGUGCACUUGGAUGGGUUAAAUGCAGAGCACCAAUUACAAGUAUGGGCAUAGGUGACAAAUAUCAUGACUUUCCCUUUUCACUUUCACUUUUCACUUUCACUUUCACAAGGGGGUUUGGUGAGAUCAACGUAAAGAAGUGUUUUGGACAGAUUGUAAGAGAAAUGAUUGGAAAGAAAUUUUUUUUAUGAAGGAGUUCGGAAAUCAUGGUGUUUGAUGAAAAUAACAAGGUCUAUUGAUGUAAAAUAUUUACAUUGGUUGUUAGAACCAUUUGAUUAAUGGGUCUAGGUUGAAUAUGUCUUGUGAGAUACCAUCAUGGUUUGAACAAAAAAUUAAAAAUGCACAUAUAAUAAUAAUGAAGGACUUGGUGGAAGUGGCUGGAAAGGAUUUAAGUAAUAUUUUUGCAUUGACUCAUGAACUUGGACUUCCUUCUGAAUUAAUAGAUUGAGAUAUGUUGGAAAAAAUGUUAAGUUCCAUAUCUGAAGAAUGGAUACUUCUAUAUGAUUAUUCAAUAUUACAACAAAGACCAGAAGCAGAAGACAAUUUUCCAAUGAUUUCUCCAGACUUACCAGAUACUGAAAUUAACUGUCCUUUGACAGUAUCAAACAAUUUGCAGGAUAUAAAUAUUAAACUUAUAUUUGGGAAAUAAAGUAUGUUUAAAGUUGUUGAACAAAAAACAGCUGGUACUGUAUAUCGUUCUGAUAAUUCAUUGUGAAAGACAUUUAUGUGUUGCUUCUAAUUUUAAACCAAUGUGGGGUACACUUGAAAAAGUUUUUCAAGCAGUACGUCAUGCAAUUAAUUAUUUGUCUUUCAAUAAAAUUUACUAUCAUCUGUAUGCAACGGACAAAACUGCGCUUGAACCCUGUGUAAUUUUUAAGUUAAUUUUACUCAUACAACGGAGGCGAGACGAUGGUGGCAUUAAUAUGGUGAGUGCAAUAAUUUAACGACCAUGUUUAAUAGGCAUGGCUAUUGUUUGAAAGUAAAUUUAAAGUAAUUAAGGGUAUAAAUACAAAAUGUAUAAGUAUACAUCUGUUCUAUCUAGGUUCAGAGGCCUCUUAACGACUUUUUUGAUUUAGAAGGAAGAAAUGCUUUGGUAGUGUAAGUAUGGUCCUCAUAAAAGAGAGCAUAGCUAACGUUAUAUUAAAAUUAUCCCCCGGUUUCACUGACAAGUUUCAGACUAACAUGCAUGUUCAAGCUGCCUUAAAUAUCUUGUACUGGCACAACUUAAAAUAUGUCUGUGCUAUUGUCGUUUUUCAAGAUGCACACCAGUAAAGUUCUUAAGGCAUUUUUAUAGAAGUUAUUUAAAUAUCCUGAUAUAACUAAGACCUAUUCCUGGCUUAAGCUAAGCCCUGUCUGUGAAACCCUGUUUCUAUGUUCAGACAAGGAAUUUAUAACAAUCAUAAGCCAUAACAUAGUCAUAGUCAAACAUAGUAAUUGUUCACAUCAGGCAUGUUCAUACUGUACAUUUAAAUUACUUGCCACCUCACAGCAGAACUCCAGAUCAGCUGUAUGUCGUGUGGGUGGACUGAGACCUGUUCUGAGGAGAGUCACCUUAUUGAAAGCUACACUGCACAAAUAAAUGUAAACCCUUCAGUCGGAUGAUCUUAUAAAGACUGUAAUUUUCAAGGUUUUUUUUUUGUUGUUUUUUUAAUCUGGGACUUUUCUGAGAGUUUCUACUUGUACCACAUGACCACUGUACCUGACUGCUGCAGAUUAAUUUAGGCAUCAAUAGUGAUGCCAUAGAAACACACAGUUCCCGGUCCAAGGACAUAAACUGCUCUAAUUAGAACAUGGUGUGAAUGGCCGCAGAAUAUUGUCUUGAGUAUUUGCCAACAGCAUUAUCUAACUGGCUUGAUAAUGUCUUUAUCGAUCUGUUUCUUCCAUUGUUAGGAUGCAGCUGAAAAGACAGACUCCAUUAAGAAUCCUCAGCGUUGAUCAAGCAAGUCCUCAUCUAACACAUCUAGAGUGGGAAUCAUCUUAGAAGAAACUUUGUAAUGGAUCAACCGACCGUUCUCAGGCCUUCUAUGUCCAUGUUUUCAGACUGAUUUAUGCCCUGCACCUGGACUAAGUGUUUGAAAAGCACUUUUAUUCAGCAGGUAUACUCAACCUUGGAAAAGUCUCCACAUUUUGCAGCGCUUGGUACAGAUCUUUUCUAUCCAGUCCAUUUGUUUGUGAAUGAGACUUCAUUAAGAAGGGUUAACCCAGGAACAUGAUGGGACCUCUGCUACUUAAAUUGCUUUUACAAGGUGUUCUGCUGUAUAAUGCUGUGGGAUGGCAAGUGAGAAUGCCAUCGGAAAUUCAUGGCCUCAGUGGUUCCUGUCUGGUCAUACCAUGUUCUUUCGACCACAGUAAAUCCCCAACCAAAAACCCACAUAGAGUUGUGUGGUAUCAGUGGGUCUCUACUGCUUUUAGUUAUCCUUUAGUUUACGAUCCAUGGUAUCCAAAUUAUGUCAUUGAAAAAUUCAGAGGGAAAACUGAUUUAUAUGGUGAUCCAUCAAAUAGGAAUUGCAGUCUAUUGAUAAAACAUCUGGACACUCGUCACCAUGGAGAGAAAUUAUAUCCAUGGAUUGACCCUGAAAAUGUUGGACGGUUCACCUUCAAAUUUUAUGACAUCACCUCAACUAUUGUUGUUGACACACAUCCACAGGAGCCCAGCAUUUAUAUUUAUGGAGGUGAAAGGAUGGGUGACACAGUCAUAGUAGCAUGUUCAGCUUUUCACACGUGUCCAUACAGCAAUCCAACAAUAACUCUGAAUGGUGUAGAAGGAUCUGAUGAAAUCAGGGAUAAGUCUAUUAAAAACAAUCUGUGGAAAAUCACUUUGACUCGAACAGGUAUCAUAAAGACAGACCGCUCGACUAUUAAGUGUUCAGUAACACAUUAUGGUGGCAUAACAGUGACCGCUACAAAGGACAAAAGUGCAGAAUGUGCUCAUCAUAAAAUAACGAUUGAGCCUGAACUGGCUGAUGUCACAGAGGGCAUCGCAAAAAACUUCAUUUGUAGCGUCCAUCAUUCCUGCCAGAAAGAGAAUCCAACCAUCACAUGGAAUUAUGAGAACAUGCAGGUCACAACGGGGAGCAAAAAACUCUCUGGUGUAAAUCAGAUCAGCUAUUCCAAUAUAACCUUUCUGGCUGCAAAAGAGGACAAUGAAAAAAAACUGAUUUGCACCGUAAAAUUUUCUGGAGCAGACUUUAAUGCAUCUGUUGUUUUACGUGUACAACAGUAUCAAAAACCAGACAGUCCAAUGCAGAAUGAAACUCAUUACCAACACGUGGCAGAUGUGAUACCCAAGAUCACUGCACUGCCUCGUUCAUGUGUGGUAAUACCGUGUAGUUUCAAGAUGGAGGAGGAAUAUGUCACUCGUCUUCGGGUUCUUUGGGUCAACAAAAAAGGUGGCUACAUGUUCCACACCGACCCAGUCGAUGUCUUGGACAACUUCAAAGGACGCACAAGACUCCUCGGAAACCCAGAUGAGCAGAACUGUACUGUGGAGAUGGAUGAUGUGCAAACUCAUGACAACGGGCCAUUCUGCUUGCGGGCAGAAAGGGAAAAUGAGAGAUACAGCUUCAACAACAGCUGUGUGUUCCUAUUAAUGCGGCCAUCUCCCGACAAACCUGUGAUGUCAUCCCUCCCUGAAGAGAUCGAGCCCGGGACACGAGUCACCAUCAAAUGCUCAGUCAACCACACAUGCUCCUCUCACCCUCCCCAAAUCACCUGGAGCGUCCCAACAGCCCGAGAAACUAUCAGCCACCGUCACAUGGGUGGAGGCGUCUGGGAAACAGUGUCCUCUGUGACCUUUAUUCCAACUGGAUAUGAAGAGAAAGAUGAAAUUGUCUGCACUGCCAACUUUUGGGGCGGUAGAACACAGGAAAACACUGGCUUCCUCAGUAUUAGACGAGUUCAAGGGGUUGGAGUUGGGCCUUAUGUUAUUGGAACGUCACUUGUGUUCAUCCUAAUUUGCAUAUUUGCUGGAGUCUUCAUUUAUAAGAGACGACAAAAACGGCCUCAUCAGGAUAUGCAAGGUACACUAACACGAUCUGAGCCAAGGAGAUCAAUGUGGAACAGAUUCUCAAGUCAUUUUAGUAUGCCUGAAGGAAGAAUAGCUUGGAUUAACAGGGGAAACAGAAGUGAUACCAGGUACACUGGAGAUGCUCCAGGAAGACCACCAAAGCCUGAACAAAGACGGAGCAUCUGGAGCCGAUUUUCUAGUAGACACCAAUCACCCAGAACCAAUACAAAUCUGAGAGCAGAAUACAAGGCAAACAACACACGUACAGUGUCAGGAAACAAGCCUUUCUCCAAACCUCAUAUGCCAUCACCAAAGAGUGAGCCAAAACCCUACCAUGGUUAUGAUCAUGAUGCUGAUUUCACCAACCUAUAUGGAAAUGUCUUAUGAAAAUGUUACAUCAGGGCUGCGCAUGUGCUCUGACAGGUGACAUGUGCUGUUUCCACUGUUCAACAUUGUUUAAACACAAAACAAAUAUUCUGAAAUUAAGAAACUGAAACGUAUUUUUAAUGACUUUUAACAUACUUUUAUGUCUUAACCACUAAACAGCUUGAUUGCAAAAUAAAUAAAUAAAAAUAAUAAAUAAAUAGAUAAAUUAAAAAUCUUGAGCACUUAAUCAGUCAAACUCAAAAUCAAAUAACAUUUUGGUAAAAUGGCCAGAAAGUAUUAAACAACCUUUUUCAAAAUACAUUAUUUUCAAAGUUUGGAUAAAUGUAUUUUUUUAAUUAAAUAAAAUCAUUGAAUUACUUAAGAAUGUGGAAUACUGAAGUGCCGCAAUAGAGUCCACAAAUAGCCUAAAAACUAGAGAUGUGACAAUCUUUAUUUUUAAUAUUUAUUUUGCCGCAGUGUCAUUUAUUGUUGAUUAUUUACACAUAUAGUCCUGAUCUGAUUUUUGUAUUUUCGUAGGGUUGUGAUAACAGCUUUGUAAUUUUGGUGGUAUUAUUUUAGUGGCAUUUAGUGGUAAUGUAAUGUGUUUUUACAUUUGACAUUUGAAAACUCAUGUCUGAAGAAUCAGUGAUGAAUUAUGUUUAACUGUAUUAUGAACAGAGUAUUGAUUUUUUUUUUUUUUGUAAAUACAUUGUGCCUCAUUUGAACAAACUUUUUGUAUCAUUAAAAUCAAAUUUUAUUGUUUCUGUGUAAGAAUCUUCAGUAUGUUCAUAAGCGACUAACACAAUGUUCAUUUAUUUUAAAAUGUUUCGCUACAUUUCUCCAGCUUGUGGUUCUCUAAAUGAAUGCUCAUCGGAGCAGUUGUAGGAGGUGGUUAUAACACAUUCAUCUGUAGAAAGAUAGCUAUGAUUAAAUGUCAAACUGCAUUAUUUACAUUUUUCAGUUCCUCAUUUUGAUUUAGAAAGUCUGUUUGGAGUAGAUUGGAAGGUACGCCUUGUCAGUUUUUUAAGGGCUUUGUCUUGCUUGUGUCAUACGUAAGAAAAGGCUUUCUAUUUGAGCCUGAU